GCAUCCACGACCCUUAGAUCAGAAUUUUAGUGAUUUAGACCGAUUUCCCGGGUCCGUGACAAUGGUGUCCCCGUCCAUUUUCCACCCUUCUAACCUUCUCUGCUUCUUACUUCUAACAAGAUUUAGUAUAAAACGAUGAAGGAUCUUCCUCACGAAAAUCUACCUCCCAUACUUCCUAUUCAUCGUAUGGCAGAAAGCAUGGCAUACUCUUCCGCCCCUAACGCUUACCUUCCCCCAGCACCCUAUUAUCCACCUUCCGCUCACUCUCCUGGGCAUGCUCAUCUCAUAGCGCCCCAGCAACGCCAAGAGCCACAACAAAGGAAGCGUCCCAAGUAUACAAGAAGCAAGACUGGUUGUAUGACAUGUCGAGUCAAAAAAAUAAAGUGUGACGAGGCAAAACCUAACUGCAUGCGAUGCACUCAUGGGCAGCGAGACUGCACAUGGCCAGAAGGCGUUCCCACCCGCAAGAAAUCAACAUCUCGGAAAGAUAGUGUCGACGGCCGCCCAUCCACUGCCGAUUCAUCAGGACUGUCGGAAACUUCAACACCUCCUACUCGGGACAGCACGCCUGCAAAAGCUCGUGUAUCUAGCGAUUACAACCAACCUCCAAUGUCCCGUCGACACAGUGAUCUUUUUGCUCCAGUACCUCAAGUGAAAUACGAGGAAGACCCUCAUCUCAGGCUCGGGCCAGAGCCCGAUGCUGCGCGACGUCAGAUAGCUCCACAAGGUUACCCCGUGCAUCCAAAUCAGAAUUCCAAUGUUUUAUCAAUGAUAUCCGAGAUGCAGCCAUACCCUCCUCACCGAUACGACUCUGCUUACGCUACUCCAGCUACUCAUUUACAUUCACCAGCUCCCUCACGACACGUUCCCCCUCCUCAAUCUCAACACCAUGUUAAUAUGCGAUCUAUGAACCACCAACCACCCCCUCAGCACUGGAGCCAGCCUCAAAUGAUGCAGAGUGUAAACCCCAUGGAUCCUUUUUUCCCACACCCCCAGGAGAGGCAUUUAGUGGCACAUUCGUCUAAUGAUCAUCACCCUAGAUACCCAUAAGAUUCAUGUUUCUCUUUGAUUUUUCUUAAAGAUCCGUCAUGACAUUUAAUAUUUGAGCAUCAUUUUGGCCAUCCCCUCUAAGAAUCCAGUUGUCGCUUCCAAAU